AGCCCGCGGGCGCUACUUUCGCUGAGACUUGGGUCGGGGAGUGAGCGAUACGAGCUUGGGAGGAUGCAGCGUCCAUUGUGGCCUGGGGGAUCCAGGGUGCUCCGUCUGUUUGUCUGCUUCCUGCUACUGCACAGUCGCCCAGGGGACUGCAGCGACAUUAGUGCCCACGAUGGUCAAGGCCAAGUCGGAGUGGGGCAACUCUGGCCCUUCCAAGGAUUUACCAUCCCAGUCUUCCGGCAUUUGCAAGUUAUACUCCAACAGAUAGUACCCCAAGGUCUGUUCUGGAAGGAUGACAUCUCUCAGGAUGUGAUGACUAAGAAGAUGGAGUGCACCAGGAGGCUGCAACCCCAAGAUCCAUGCCUCAAGGAUGGGAAGACAGUCUUUCCCACUAAAACCACUGGGGUGAGGGGCAAGCAAAAGGAGAAACUUCGACUCUUAUUCCCCAAGAGCCCAGUGACCAAGGUGAACAGAGAUCAGUGCUCUACCUCCAAAGUGGGUUCGAAGACCCUGAAAGGAGAGGUAGCCAACCCUGAGAAGGGCUUCUUUGGGCCAUUCCCCACUGUGGGCCGCAACCUUGUUGCUGACUGAGACCUCACACGAAGCCUCCCUGCCCCACCACCCACCCCAUGGCCCUUCAGAGGACCAGUUCUUGGAUGACCCAAAUCUGAAUCAUUAAAAGUAGACUCUCAUGCAAAAA